UAAAUUUAAAAUGGCUGAAAACAAGACACCAGAAAACGAUAAAAAGAGUGUUUUUGAAGCGAAAGGUUUUGGAAGUGAUGAGGUUGUUUUUCAAUUCGAAACUGAGGAAGGGUGUGAGGAAUUAUACGCACCGAGAUCGAUUUUGGUAUUAGCUUCACCUGUGUUUAAGGCUAUGUUUGAGGGUAACUUUAAGGAAAAAUCCGAGGGCGUCGUGAAAAUCACAGAUUUUUCAAAGAAGUAUUUCUUGGAGUUUUUGCUGUGGUGUAAUCCGGGCACUAAGCAGCCGAUCGACGAAUCGAACGUUUUAGAAGUAUUGCCAAUUGCAGAAAAAUAUGACGUGGAGCCUUUGAAGGAGAAGUGCAGAACAAAAAUGUUAAAAUGGCUUCAAAGAUGUGAUUCGAAUACCAGUGAAUCACACGGUUGUGUGGACGUUAUUCUACCCAUGUUGAAGAUCUUACAUACUGUCGUUCUAUAUUCUUACGAAAAGGUAACCGCCAGCGCGAUAAAUACAAUUACUCGCCGCGGUUCCGGUUUUUUUGCGUUUGAAGAGUUUGACUUAUAUACAUACACUUCUUCUGCCUUUGGUCCAAUGAAAACCAAGCAUAAAGAGUGUGUCAAGCUUUUCAGCGAACUUCCUUUAGAAAUUCAAAUAAGAAUUUAUCGACAGAGGCUUUUAAAGAAAGAUGACAACAAGUUAGUUAAGUAAGUACUACAAAAACGUAUAUAGAUAUCAAACAUACUAAGCAUUUGAUUUUGACAACAAUUUCCGCAUAAAUGGGAUGAUGUUGAUAUACCUGCUAUGGUUUUGGCACGACAGUGACAGUUCCACCACACGGAUAUAUGUAUUGAAUACAUUAAACAUUGCGAACCAAAAAAGGUGCAUUGGAAACCGAUUAAAUCAGCAAUUAUCGAAUGUAAUUAAUCAAUUAAAAUUGCCAUCCUUUGUGAGUAUCCAUGUACAUGUUUAGUAGAAAGUUAUAGUUUGUAUUUUAGUAAAUCCAAACAAAUACUAUCUUUUAUAGUUUUAGAAUCUUUUUUCGAUAUUGUUAUGGAUUCAUGUUAAGCUCAAUUAUGUUGCACUUAUUCUUGUUUAUAUUCACUUACAAAUGUUAAUCAUUUAUGGUGUUCAA